CGAGGCCACCGAGCCGCCGGCGGCGCGAAGAGAAGGGGGGGGGGGGGGGAGCCUGAGCCCGCGCUCCCGGCCAAAGUGAACUUUAAUCGGGGAGGUUGGAUGCAGAGCCCGGGCGGCAGGACCUGCUAGAAGUGGCUGAAGAUGAAUCCCCAGCAGCAGCGCAUGGCCGCGAUAGGGACCGACAAGGAGCUGAGCGACCUGCUGGACUUCAGUGCGAUGUUUUCCCCACCUGUUAAUAGUGGGAAAACAAGACCGACGACCCUGGGAAGCAGUCAGUUCAGCGGGUCAGGUAUGGAUGAACGUGGAGGAACAACAUCGUGGGGCACAAGUGGUCAACCAAGCCCUUCCUAUGAUUCAUCAAGAGGUUUCACAGACAGCCCUCAUUACAGUGAUCACUUGAAUGACAGUCGAUUAGGAGCCCAUGAAGGCUUGUCUCCAACACCUUUUAUGAACUCAAAUCUGAUAGGAAAAACAUCAGAAAGAGGCUCAUUUUCCCUGUACAGCAGAGACUCCGGUUUAUCAGGCUGUCAGUCUAGUCUCCUGAGACAAGAUCUAGGACUUGGGAGCCCAGCACAGCUGUCUUCUUCAGGAAAACCUGCAACACCGUACUACUCAUUCUCUGCCACAAGUUCUAGGAGAAGACCGCUCCAUGACUCUGUAGCUCUAGAUCCUUUGCAAGCAAAGAAAGUAAGAAAGGUGCCUCCUGGCCUGCCUUCUUCUGUAUAUGCACCAUCCCCAAAUUCUGACGAUUUCAACCGUGAAUCUCCUAGUUAUCCAUCUCCCAAGCCACCAACCAGUAUGUUCGCUAGCACUUUCUUUAUGCAAGAUGGGACCCACAGUUCUUCUGACCUUUGGAGUUCAUCAAACGGGAUGAGCCAGCCUGGUUUUAGUGGAAUUCUGGGAACCUCAACUUCUCACAUGUCUCAGUCCAGUAGUUAUGGCAGCCUUCAUUCACAUGACCGCUUGAGUUAUCCUCCACAUUCAGUGUCACCUACAGACAUAAACACGAGUCUUCCGCCAAUGUCCAGCUUCCACCGUGGCAGUACCAGCAGCUCACCAUAUGUUGCCACCUCCCAUACUCCUCCCAUCAAUGGGUCAGAUAGCAUUCUAGGAGCCAGAGGGAAUGCUGCUGGAAGCUCACAGACGGGUGAUGCACUUGGAAAGGCUUUGGCAUCUAUUUAUUCUCCUGACCAUACAAGCAGUAGUUUUCCAUCAAACCCAUCAACACCGGUGGGAUCCCCUUCACCUCUCACAGGUACUAGUCAGUGGCCCAGAGCUGGAGGGCAAGCUCCUUCAUCCCCAAGCUAUGAAAACUCACUUCACUCCCUGAAAAAUCGAGUUGAGCAGCAACUUCACGAGCAUUUGCAAGAUGCAAUGUCCUUCUUAAAGGAUGUCUGUGAGCAGUCUCGAAUGGAAGAUCGUUUAGACAGACUGGAUGAUGCUAUCCAUGUGCUGCGGAACCAUGCAGUUGGACCUUCUACCAGUCUGCCUACUAGUCACAGUGAUAUACACAGUUUAUUGGGACCAUCCCAUAAUGCACCAAUUGGAAACCUGAAUUCAAACUAUGGAGGAUCAAGCCUUGUUACAAACAGUCGAUCAGCUUCAAUGGUUGGAACUCAUCGGGAAGAUUCCGUGAGUCUCAAUGGCAAUCAUUCUGUCCUGUCUAGUACUGUUGCUGCCUCAAACACAGACCUGAACCAUAAAACACCAGAAAAUUACAGAGGUGGCUUGCAAAAUCAGUCUGGAAAUGUUGUUCCAACAGAAAUCAAGACUGAAAACAAAGAAAAAGAUGAGAACCUUCAUGAGCCUCCUUCAUCAGAUGACAUGAAGUCAGAUGAUGAGUCUUCCCAAAAAGACAUCAAGGUCUCAUCUCGAGGCAGAACAAGCAGUACCAAUGAAGAUGAAGAUCUGAAUCCCGAACAGAAAAUCGAAAGGGAGAAGGAAAGGCGGAUGGCUAACAAUGCCAGAGAGCGCCUGCGAGUGCGGGAUAUUAAUGAGGCAUUCAAGGAGCUUGGCCGAAUGUGUCAGCUUCAUUUGAAGAGUGAAAAACCUCAGACAAAACUCCUCAUUCUUCAUCAAGCCGUGGCAGUCAUCCUUAGUCUAGAACAGCAAGUCAGAGAGAGGAACCUCAACCCCAAAGCAGCCUGCCUUAAGAGAAGAGAAGAAGAAAAGGUCUCUGCUGCGGCAGCAGAGCCACCAACCACACUGCCAGGAACCCAUCCUGGGCUUAGUGAAACUACCAACCCUAUGGGUCAUCUGUAAACAUCAGCCAGUUCCAGCGUCAUCAGUAGGCUAGAGAGAAGGUGACCUCUCCUCAUAAAGACUUGGACAACUCAGAUUAUCUGAAGACACAAACCUGACAGGAGAAGAAAAACAAAACACUUGAAGCAAGAAACUCAAAUUUAAUCCUAUGAUCAAAGUAGCUGGUCAACACUUCCAUCAGAAGUGAGGAUAGGAAGCUCAUCAGAGAAGGCCGGCCCAUGAGGUGUUUGCAGUGUAUCAUUCUGCUGUAAGCAAUGUGUCGCUUCUGCACAAUCAGAGACUGUCUCAUCUCUCCACUCAACGUGGAAGUUGCCUUGUGCCUAAACUGAAUUGACAAAUGCAUUGUAACUACAAAUUUUAUUUAUUGUUAUGGAACUGUGAGGUCUACAUAUAAAGGGAAAAAGUUCAUGUGGGAAGCUGAUGUACACUCAGCUGAUGCCAGCAUUGUUAAAGCUGUUCACAAAGCAGUGGCAACCAUUGGCCCUUAGCAUUCCCGGCAUACCUGUUAGUGUCUUAAAAAGGAAGGGAGUCCUUUGUUGCCCUCUCCGACCUUCGCCAUAUGAAUAGUGUUUUCCAUGAAAUAGGAAAAUAUUACUUGGUAUAGCAUUCUCUCUUCUUUUUUCACUCAUUUUUAUUUUCUCUUUGUGGGUGUUAUAUUUGAUCUGAGUCCGCAUAGUUUAUGGUCACAGUCCAGAACCCUCCUCCAGCCCUGUGUGCUUUGUUCAUGUCCUUGCAGUGAUAAGCAGACACCAUCUGUGACCAUAGCCUAGCUAAGAUUUUGAAAGGGGAAAUUUUGUCCCCUGGAUUUGCCCCCAAAUAAACAUUGCUUUAUUUCUAAUAAUCACUAAGACUUUUCAGGCUUCUAGGUUUCAUAGUAAAGCUAUAAUAGCAAGAAAUGUAACUUACAAGGGAGAGUCUACUUUUUAGAAAUUGCUUUGUUUUCCAAGCAGUAAGUACUACAUAAUAUGGUACUUGUAAAGUGUUAGCUGUAAGUAAGCACAAAAUGCAUUCAAUACAGUACAAAGAUGACUUUUCAGGCCAUGAUCAUGAUGAGCGUAACAGAACCCGGGAGUCCCCGGGACAGGCAGUCUGAACGCACACAACCACUCCAGGCUAAUUACCUAUGGAAUCCAAGAGCAAUGGUCACAUUUCCUUACCCUGGCCUUUACUUCUCUGUCCUUUGGUUGACUGAUCAGUGCGGUUGGGGCAGGGUGUGAUUUAAUCACCUACAAACCACCUGCCUUUGCCCUAGGAAGAGCUAGAUUAGCGCUGAGCUGUACUUGUCAUUCCAUCUUAGCAUUACUCAUUAAAGCCCCUCUAUCUCUAAUCCUUCAUACUUGUAUUUAAGACACGGUAAUCACUUUGAACUUCCAUGAAAUCUGUCUUCCACCACAGCAGCGCUGGGAGAGAAAAACAUGCUGAACAUGAUGGUCUUGGCUAAGUAACUCCUUUAGAGCCAGUAUCAGUGGCAGUCUGCACACAGAAGAAAAAUCCCAAGUCAUUCUGUAACUUAAAACAACGGAGAAUUUGAAAGAACAAAAGUUAUUAAGACAGCACUUCAGAUCUCCAUCAGGACUAUUUCUAACAAGUCAGUCUUUGGUGAAUUUAGUGGACUUAGGUUGCAUAUGUUCUCCAGUUAUAUCAGACUACCUGUGGCCUUGUUCUUCAUUUCAGUGUUAAUCGGCUCAAACAGAAGUUGUUGCUUAUGAUGUGUGAGUGAACAUAAGCCACUGCCUGGCCUUUUUCUUCAGAGCUUGUUGUCUUUUUCGCUAUAUUAGACUUUGCAGUAUGCCCAGAAGCUUUCCUUCAUAAAAUAGAAAGAAAAAAAAACAUUUGGCUUAUUUUUCACUGUAGCUAGUCUUUUAUACAAUAAUCUUGUAAGAAAAUUUCUUGAAUUCUAAAUAUUACUCUUUCUAGAUUUUUGAAAUCAAAAAUUUUCAGUAAAAAGUUUCUUACUUUAUUUUAUUAUAUUAGGUAGUUAAAGAAAAUGUAGGGUUAUUUACCAUAACCUGUUCAUUAAUAUCAGAAAUUUACAAUAGCAUUUUAAGAGCAUAGUAGGUUCUAGCAUACCGUGUAGUUCCUAUGGAGUAUUGUGAGAGCGAAUUGUUGGGAGAUGAGCUGCUUUUCAUCUUGUUCUCCAGUUUCCAUUGUCGAUUUAUUGCAGAUUUGUAUCCUGUGUCAAAUUCAAGGUAUUAUUGAUAAACCUUUUCAACCAGCAGCAAGAAGUUCAAAUUUUUUUUUCUGUCACUGUAACAGAAAACGCAGUAUGUAUAUAACAUUUAUGUAGCAAUAAAUGUGCCAUCCUUUUUUUAACAUAGUAAACUAGUGAGUUUUUUACACUUAUGUUUCCCACAGAAUAAUGUAUUUUGUCUUCUUUUCUCUACCUCCUUCCUCCUAGAAAGUCUCAAACUGCUUUUCCUGUCUGCACUAACUGUGCUUCACGGGUGACCCUGCAGGACAGAUGGGCCUGGGAAAGCUAAGAUGACACAUCCCAACCUGCACAGUUCUCUUGCCCUCUCUUCUGAUGCUGGCCUCUUAAGCCUUUACCUGAAGGUGGGACAAACAGAAGUCUGUAGUAGAGAAAAUCUCCUCUUGCAGAUGUAGAGAAGAAUGAAGAUGAUGGGAAAGGACUUCAGAUGAGGGUUUUAUUAACAGCCCUUAAAACACCCUCAUAAUCUUUUCUGGCUCUCUUCUCUCACCUACAACCAAAAAUAAAUAAGCAAUCAAACCUGCCAUAGUAGGGGGAUGGCAAUGUAAUUAAAAGCUUAUUCAUCCAUUUUUAACACUACAUUCAUACACACAUGUAUACAUGUAUGCAUGCAUUGAACUUCUAUGAGAACUUCAUGAGAAGCCUGAGAUAAGGACCAUCUGGAGGUCUUUUGCAUGAAGAAACCAGGUGGAUUUUGAGAUUUGAUAUUCAUGUGAGGCACAGCAGAUCAUUUUACUUCUUAUGUGGUUUGAUAAAUAUAAACCUUUUAGUUUUAUACAAAAUGACAAACUAAAAAAAACCUUCAUACAGGAAGAAAAUAUCUGGUGUUAGAAGUGAAACAGAUUUGGAGAGCUAGUCACCUUGCCUCAUUGACAGGUUUAUAAGAUCGCGCCCAGAAAAAUCAUGUGUCUAGGAGCACUUAGAGCCGGUCAAGACUUAAAACAUUUCCUACAAAAGCCCUGUCUUCAAUUUUUUUCUCUCUGUAUAACUUCUAAGGGAUUCAACUCAAUGGUUUCAUUUUUUUUAUUUAUUUCCACUAAUUUCCCUCUAGUUGAUGAAUGCUUUUUUUUCCUUACAAACUCAAUUAUUUUAAAUAGACAUCACAUAAGGGGUGGGUGUACUUGAGCCGUGUGUGUGUGUGUGUGUGUGUGUGUGUGUGUGUGUGUGUUUAGCUAAAGAGUAUUAGUUUUGGCAUCAGUCAGUUGAUUUAAAUCCAAGCUCAACGUCUAAUUAACUCCUUUUCCUUAUCUGGAAAGUGGAGAAUCUGUACAAGAAUUGUGUAAGUAUUGAAUGAAACAAUGUAUGGAAAGCUCUAUCGUGAUUCCUAUCACAUAGUAAGGACUCAAUAAAUUAUGAAUAUUUUUAAAAUAAAUAGUA